AUGUUUUUGCAUUCGGGAGCGUCCCUUCACGGGCAUGAAUACACCAACCCCCAGAGCCCUUACUCACAGCAACGCAAGAAGCCAUUUCUACGAUCAGCCCUUCCUGCACCCAUAUUACGGUCCAGCACGUCUGCCUCCCUCACGGACAGACCCUUCUCGCCCUCUUCAGCGCCCAAGAGGCCUGCCGUGAGGAGGAGGCCCGUCUCUGACGUCUAUGUGCGUCCCAUCUCGAACCUGCUCGCGGACGACCCGUCACGGACCUCUGCUCCCACGAGCCCCGUCGUUCGCUUCAAGGAACCGGAUGUAGUGGACACCCCGUCAUCUUCGUCCUCCUCCUACUUGUCUCCCAUGGCCGACGACGAGGACCCUUCCCUGUACGAGUCAGACGAUACUUCACAGGCUACUUGCUCUACCCCCCGGCGCAGGCGUCGGAGGGCCACGCCCAGGAGCAGCACCACGUACCUGCUGGCCCACCCGGCGCCCCGGCCUCUGUCCAAGAAGAAGCUGUUCAAGACCAUCCGCCCCAGGCUGCUCCUCCAGCUCCAGGAGCUCGCCCCUAACCAGCGGCCCAGACCCACUAUCGACGUCUUCCCGGCCGCUCUUCUUGCUGGACCGCUCGUCGCCGCCCGUUAUAUCCACCGGUGUCCGCGCCUGUUUGGUGUUCACGGCGAGCUAGGCCCCCGCGAUUUGGUCCUGUUCCGGUCCGAGGACUACACUGCCAGCGACGACGACGGCGACGAGCAAGACGGCGACGCCAGCCGCCAGCAGCCUGUGGCCGUACUGAGCCCAGGCCGCGGUCCGGGUGACAACGGAGCGGUCGUGUUGGAGGAUGGCACCGUGUGGACCUGGUCGAGCCUGAAGGGCUACUACGAGUUCGUGCAUGUCGACAAGCACGGCAUCACCGUCACUGUCAGAUGGGUCAAGAGGAGUAGUGUCUCGUCUUCCUCCUCCAACAAGAGGCUCUCGAGCGGUACGGCCCCGUGGCCUGGCAGCCCAUCAUGUGCCUUACCUGGCUCGCCACCAGCACCGCCCGGCGAUUCUACCGACCCGGAUUAUCGAUACACAUUCAGCAUCAUCAACCCCCUCGCCAGGCGGCAUCCCAUCCUGGCCACACUCACCCCACACUCUCUAGAGGUCUACAACGACUACACAACACCUUCGUCAUCCUCGGGACGAUAUCCUCCCACCCGCCCCGUCAGCGGUGCGUGCGAACAUGCCAAGGAUCCGCCGUCCUCUCCGCUCUCCUUCGAAGAACCUCCUUCCCGCCGCGAGACCCACCCCGUUGAUGAGGAGAUCAAGAACCUCAUCAGGGUGACGGGCCUGUGGCUGGCCAUGCGCCUCGGCCCAGCCGUCGACGUCCUCAACCCCGAAGCCUCCCCCGAAACCCCUCUCCCGCCGCCGCCGCCGCCGCCGCCGCAGCAGCAGCAGCAGCAGCAACAGCAAGACCCAGCGCUGGCAAGUGCACCGACCCCUAGCCUUCGCUCAUCCACCACUCUGCCGCGGAGACAAACGACCACAGCCAUCGGCAGCACCUCGCCGUCCAUGCACUCGAGAGGAAGUCUGAGGAGGGCCAUGAGCACGGGCGCAGCCUUCAUGAUGCAGAGGAAGAGGCGGCAGGAACAUGCGCCCAGCGCGCCCAGCAGCGAUACCGCACUGGUGGCGGGCAAAAUCACGGCCAUGGAGACCCCGAGGGAGGACGAUGAAGGGAUAGUGGAUCCUUCUACUCCUCCUCCCGCCGGCGCUGCAGCGGUUUCUGCGGGCGGUACUGCAGCGAAACAGGCCCGGAGGGUGAGCUGGUUCAAGAGGUUGACGCAUUAGAUGUGCUUGUGCUGUUGAAUGCGACCUUUAAUAAGGACCACCGCUCCAAUGAAAGAAAUCAAUCAAGAAAUUGUAACAUCAUCUCAAAGCUC